CGCGGUCGCCGGUUUCAGUUGCGGUGAUGAAAGCGGCCCACCGCCUGUCGCCGGUCGAGGCCACGCGGGCGUGUGCGAUCCUCGAAGAGACGAUCGAGAAGCUCUCGUUUCUUGGCAGCAUCACGCCCGACAUUCUGCAGCAUCGCGAAGAGCUCUCGCAAGUCGUUGGCGACGAGAUCUCGCGCAUCAUCCAAGAGCAGCGACGCCUCGAAGCCAAGUACGAGAGCCUCAUUUCCCAGCGAAGCGUCCUCAAGGGCCUCGCCAACAAAUCCAAGUUUAAAGAAACCCAGCGCGACAUUCAAGAAGUCAGCCGCGCGCUGCGCGAGUCCACGCGGAGUUUGUGUCGCAACCUCAAGGACAAUCCCAAUUUCGGGGGCAAUUUGAUGAAGAUUCAGUACGAGCGCCAAGCACUCAUCGAUUUACUCACCGAGACGACGCGGGAGCUCCGCGGCUGCGGCUACGAGUCGCUCGUGACGUACGUCACCGAAGGCAAACACGCGGCCGAGAAGGCGGCGGACCUCAUCGAGACGGAGAAGGAGGCCACGGAAGAGGUCAAGCGCCUCACGCAGGAGCUCGCACGGGAAAAAGUCGAGCACACGCGGGAAAUCGCCGAUCAAAAAAGCGCCAUUGCACUCUUGAAAGAGCAGCUUCUGCAGGUCAAAUCCAAGACACAGAUCGACAUUCGGUAUGCGCGCAGCGAAGCCAAAGCCAAGACGGCGUCGACUGCUCGCUUGUACCAGCAGCUCAUCACGGAAGAGAAGGCCAAGAUUGAGGCGGUCACGCGCGAGUGUGACUCGGAGGCGCGGGUGCAUGUCGAAACGGUCGGGUUUCUAAAGGCCAAGCACGAGAGCCUCCACAAGGACUUCACCCACUGGAAUGAAAAGUACGAGCGCGACAUGGCCGCCAAGCAGGCCGAGCUCGCCAAGCUCACCAGCGAGCGCAAUGCGAAUGCCGCCAAGCUCGAGGGGCUCCAGAAGCGCUGGGUCGAGGAGGUUGAGCUCCAAAAAAACAAAGAAAACGAAAAGCGACGGCUCAAGGAACUCGAAGUUCUCAAGCGCGAAGAAGCCAAGAAGCAGACCUUUGCCUCGCGCAAGAUCCAAGCCGCGUACCGCGCACACAAAAUUCUUCUCGACGAAAAGAAAAAGCUCGCGGAAACCAGCAAAAAGAAGAAAAAGGGCGGUAAAAAGGGCAAAAAAUAGGCUUUUUAACCACUCAAAACACACACAAAACUCUUGUACAAC